CUAAUUUUUUUUAGAGAUUGAGUUGAGCAAGUUUUGCCUCGCCGACGCCGACUCUGAACGUGAGCGGCUGCCCGUGCUUGUAGCUGCUGUCGAACGCCUUGCCGUUCUCCAAUUUCCUGACGUAAUGCGGCUUCGAAGGUUUUGAAUCCACACACAAGAUCCAAACUUUAGGGCAAAUCCGUGGUCAAGUAGGCCGAAGAGUGCCAAAAGACGAACGUGCCGAUGCCGACGACGCGAUUGCAAAAGGCGAACGUGCCGAUGCCGACGAAGGUUUUGCUUCACCUUGAUGAGCUACCCCUUGGUGGUGAACGUGCCGAUGCCGACGACGCGAUUGCAAAAGGCGAGGCCGAAGGUCGGCGAAGGCUCGUGCAGGGUGAUCUACUUGGAGGAGGAAAGAGUGGAAGAGACCGGCCUCUCGCCGGCCAAUGGGGCUGAGCACAGCUGGGUACGCGGAUGGAGUGGAAGAGCGCUCCACCACCCGCGGCAGCUGGGUGAAGGAAGGCGAGGUAGGCGGAGAUCAGGUAAAGGAAUUGCACCUUUGACACCGCUGAGGAGGCGGCGCGUGCAUACGACGCCGCGGCGACCCAGUUCCGUUGCCCCAAGGCCAAAAUCAAUUUCCCCUGCCCUGCCCUCGAGGCUGUUGUGAUGCCGAAGCGGGCAGCAGGGCACAGAUCCGGCAGUUUGCCUUGGGGCGGCGCAUCGAGCUCUCGAGGAGUCAUCCUUUUUCGCUGGCUCUAGUGAAUGAACUGCUCCUUGGACAUUGACCUCAACCAGUCGCCGGCAGAAGUUGCGUAACAUAAAUAGUCGGAAAUUACAUCUUACAUUUUCAUAUUAAACUAAUUUAUUUUUGCUUUAACAUUACUAAUCUUUAUUUAUUCGACUGUUAAGAGUCGAUAGGCAUCUAGUAGAUCAUCGAAUGAGCAGAUGGAUAACGAAAAGAACAUCAUCAAUCAUCAUUCAAGUCGCGACUUCAAUACUGAAAGUUCACUGCAUAUGUUUUAUAAUACCCAAACACGUUCACAAGCCUGUUCGUCCUGCACGGUUUAUUCUAUUGCCAACAACAAAAGUCCUGAAGCUUCAGCUCAGGAAACAAACUCAUAUUAACAAUCAACUAGGUAACAGUCAUUAGAUGAAUGAGGAGGGUUCAAAAAGCAGUAGGAUCUCCAAGAGCAGUGUAGUCUGAAUCUUCAGCCAAGUAAAUAAGGAGUUCAGGGUAAGGAUCAGGGUAAGGAUCAUCAGUAACUGAUCGAACACUGACUCUUCGCUGGAUAGGAGUCCUACAGGAAGGGCACUCUUUCAAGCCCUUUUUCUCAUGAAGCUCGUUGCAUUGUCUGCAAAAAACUUGGUGGGCACAAGGAAGCAGGACGACGGACACAGUUUCAGAUAGGCACAUCACACAUUCCCAUUCACGAUCUAAAGCAGACUUCGAUUCCUCCUCAGAAAGAUAA